UGUUUAAUGGGUAACAACAGACGAGGUUCGGAUAAUAAGGUUAUUUAUUUAUUUAUUUUUUAUUUAUUUAUUUUAAAUACGACUGACCCCCAGCAGGAGGGCAAAGGACAAGACUGCUAAUUGACGGCGCGUGAGCGUCCUGCCGGGCUGCCCAGGGUUCCUGCAGGCGGCUGCUUUUCUCCCUUCGCCACCUUCUCCAGCGUGAGAGAGAGAGAAUAAAAACGCGUGGGAGAGAAGCCAAGCUCGGCGCAUUCACUGGAAACCUGCAGGAGAGUACAACUUUUUUCCUGGUGAUGCGCGGAAUCCCGGAGAGGACGGCCUUGGCUCUAGAGGGAGAGAAGAGGACACCAAGGCCCAGCUGGCCGCCGAGUGUCCAGCUCUCGGGCGGUAGAGGUCCUCCUUUGCGGCUGGAGCUCCAAGGUCGGUGAGUUCCCGCCCCGGCGGAACACCUCAACCGUUCAUCCCUCUCCCGAAACCAGCUCUUACCAGCCCAGAGCCACUGGUACCCAGCCGCCUCGGCCUUCAGAUCUCCAUACCGUCACCUUCUUUACGCUGCCGGGCACUGACUCAGUGCGCGCGCUGCUUGCUGAUUGGAUGUCUCCAACCCUGUCCAGCCAAUCCAGAAACUCGCCCCAACGCUGACGGCAAGGCUGCGCCGCUGGCUAGGAAUCAGUCGCAGAAUCCUGCGUCGCGCCUAUGAUGACGAUGCCGAUAACAUGGCGACGGAAAGUAGUAGCGAUCCGCAGUUGAGAAGAAGACGCCGGGACCCAGAGGAACCUGAAAAAACGGAACUCAGUACGAGAGCGCAGGCAGUGGCUGUGGCCCAAGAGAAUGACGAGGAGAAUGAAGAGCGCUGGGUUGGGCCUUUACCUGUGGAGGCCACACUGGCCAAGAAGAGGAAAGUUCUGGAGUUUGAAAGAGUCUAUCUCGAUAACCUCCCCAGCGCAUCCAUGUAUGAGCGCAGCUACAUGCACAGAGAUGUCAUAACCCAUGUGGUGUGCACCAAGACAGAUUUUAUUAUUACUGCCAGUCAUGAUGGACAUGUUAAGUUCUGGAAAAAAAUAGAAGAGGGAAUUGAAUUUGUUAAACAUUUUCGUAGUCACCUGGGAGUUAUUGAGAGUAUUGCGGUUAGCUCUGAGGGAGCAUUGUUCUGUUCUGUGGGUGAUGAUAAAGCAAUGAAGGUGUUUGAUGUGGUGAACUUUGACAUGAUCAAUAUGCUGAAGCUUGGCUAUUUUCCUGGACAAUGUGAAUGGAUCUAUUGCCCAGGGGACGCCAUAUCUUCAGUUGCUGCUUCUGAGAAGAGUACAGGAAAAAUUUUCAUUUAUGAUGGUCGAGGAGAUAAUCAACCACUUCAUAUAUUUGACAAACUCCACACAUCACCUCUUACUCAGAUACGGCUCAACCCAAUUUACAAAGCAGUGGUGUCUUCUGACAAAUCUGGGAUGAUUGAGUACUGGACUGGGCCUCCUCAUGAAUAUAAAUUCCCCAAAAAUGUGAACUGGGAAUAUAAAACUGACACAGAUUUAUAUGAAUUUGCCAAGUGUAAGGCAUAUCCAACCAGCAUGUGUUUUUCACCUGAUGGAAAGAAAAUAGCUACCAUUGGAUCUGAUAGAAAAGUUAGAAUUUUCAGGUUUUUAACUGGAAAACUCAUGAGAGUCUUUGAUGAAUCAUUAAGUAUGUUUACAGAACUGCAGCAGAUGAGGCAACAGCUACCAGACAUGGAAUUUGGCCGACGAAUGGCUGUAGAACGUGAGUUGGAGAAAGUGGAUGCUGUAAGAUUAAUAAAUAUAGUUUUUGAUGAAACUGGACACUUUGUGCUAUAUGGAACAAUGCUGGGCAUUAAAGUUAUAAAUGUGGAGACAAACCGGUGUGUGAGGAUCUUAGGCAAGCAAGAAAAUAUUAGAGUGAUGCAACUGGCUUUGUUUCAGGGAAUAGCCAAAAAGCAUCGUGCUGCAACUACUAUAGAGAUGAAAGCUUCUGAGAACCCUGUUCUUCAGAAUAUUCAAGCUGACCCAACAAUAAUCUGUACGUCUUUCAAAAAGAAUAGAUUUUAUAUGUUUACAAAACGAGAACCAGAAGAUACAAAAAGUGCAGAUUCUGAUCGAGAUGUUUUUAACGAGAAACCUUCUAAAGAAGAAGUCAUGGCAGCUACUCAAGCUGAAGGACCUAAACGAGUUUCAGAUAGUGCCAUUAUCCACACAAGCAUGGGAGACAUUCACAUCAAACUUUUUCCCGUUGAGUGCCCAAAGACAGUGGAAAACUUUUGUGUUCACAGCAGAAAUGGUUAUUAUAAUGGGCAUACAUUUCACCGUAUAAUUAAGGGCUUCAUGAUUCAGACAGGAGAUCCAACAGGUACUGGUAUGGGAGGAGAAAGCAUAUGGGGAGGAGAAUUUGAAGAUGAAUUUCAUUCAACAUUACGACAUGACAGACCAUACACACUCAGCAUGGCCAAUGCUGGAUCAAAUACUAAUGGAUCCCAGUUUUUCAUAACAGUAGUACCAACGCCUUGGCUUGAUAAUAAGCACACAGUAUUUGGAAGAGUAACUAAAGGAAUGGAAGUUGUGCAAAGGAUCUCCAAUGUCAAAGUUAAUCCUAAAACAGAUAAGCCUUAUGAGGAUGUCAGCAUCAUAAAUAUCACUGUCAAGUAAAAUAACAUUUUUUCAUUGUAUUUGCAAAUAAAAAUACAUAAUUAAGCAAGAUUAUUUAACAUUAGGAAGCUUAAUACUUACUGAAUAUACAAAUCAUGUUUUAAAAGAUGUAAAACUAUAUUUUUAUUUUCUAAUUAAAGGCCUUUUU